AAUGUACUUCCUUUAGAGCUUUUCCGCUUGUAAAUAAUUGCAGGUUGGUACUUGGCUCAUUUAUCGUGUAAUUAAAUAAAAGAACAUUUCAAGAUGAGUCAGCUGGGAAAUACAAUGACAAAAAGAGAUGCGCAAGAGAAAUUUGCUCAAUCAAGGGUUUCAACUGUAGAGAAGUAUUAUGGACUUCUGUGUCACACAUUAGGGUCAGUCAUCAGAAAGUCUGCAAGAUUACGAGAUAAAGGUGAUUUGUUUGCACAUUACUUGAAAGAAUACACAGAGAAGGAAACAUUGAACAACUCCACCAAAGUGAACCUGUCAGCAUUUGCUCAGAACUUCUCAGCUGUACAGGACUACAGGGAUGCUGAGGUCAAACGCCUGGAAGAAAAAGUCUUGAAGCCAAUCAUGAACUACGGAACAAUUUGUAAAAACAUGAAGUCAAGUGUAAAAGGGAAUCAGGCUGCUGCUAAGAAAGAAUCAAAACAAAUGGAGAAAGUGGCAAAGCUAGAACAGAAGCUUCCACGCAACGAUGCAGAAAUUUCAAAGGCUUACAACGACUUGCAGAGAAUCAGACAAGAGAGUGGCAGCUACAGGGAGCAAUUGAUGACAGAGAUUGAUGUGUUUGAGAGCAGGAAGAUCAAUGACUUAAAGUCUGUCCUGUCCGAAUACGUGAAGAUUGAGAUGAUGUUCCAUGCCAGAGCUCUCAAGUAUCUGUCAGAGUGUUACCAGUCAGUACAGAGGAUAGAUACAGAGGCUGACAUUGAUAGUUUCCGGGCGGAACUGGUCAAAGUGUCUGGCAUGGCCCAGCCCUUCACCCAGACCCUGACCUCCAUGUCCUCCCCUAACCAGACGUCCAGCAGUGGGGCUGGUGCCACCAACUUGUUCCAGUCACAGUAUGUUCCACGUCGCAGCGGCAUUACGGGGAACAUGUAUGACACUCAAGACUCUGAUGAUGAAGAAGAAGAAGAGGAUGAAGAAGAUGAAACCUCAGAUGAAUCAUAAAUACAAAGUUGAUGAUUCUAAACCUACAUCUGUGAUAAAACGCUAUUGCCAGUAUAUUAUGUUUAAAAUUAUAAUUAAUAAUAUUGUGGUCUCUGACUGAUUGGUUUUUACAAGCUUUUAUUUAACUCACUUCCUCUGUCGUCAGUCUGUCGUCAGUCUAGACGGAAACGCAGGAGUGAAAAUUCGGACAGUUCUACUUGACCGAUACGAUUCACAGUUGGCACGUGGGUCAAGACAUGAAGACAAUGCAAUCUGAAACUAAAUUUGACUUAAUUGGAUGCCUAAUUGAUUUUUUAUGAAUUAAUUAAAAUUUGGACCGAAUUAGUAGGCAUGUCUAGCCAACCACACCACACGCGUCAUCAAUAGCUGCGCCA